AUGACUAAAGACUGGCGAAGCCUUCGAGCAGAUGUCCAGCAACUUUACUGCGUAGAGAAUCAAAAACUCAAAGAUGUGAUGAGGAUAAUCGAGGCUCGUCACGGAUUUAAAGCGUCGGAGCGAUCAUAUCACAGCCAGCUACGCAAAUGGGGUUAUAUGAAGUACAAACUUCAUAAUGGUCAACGGUCAAGUGAAAAAGCUCGCUCCCCUUCACUCUCUCGUUCCCCUACUGCCACCGGAGACGAAGCUAUGGGAGGACUCCUUCCACUUGUGUCGAUCCCAGCAGCGGAGACGAGGUGA